AUGGGCUCCUCAAAGCCAUACGUACCCACCGGUCUCACAACAGCCCAAAAGACAAAAAGCCGUCCGUGCGAAACGUGCUGCUUGAGGAAAUACAACGACGAAGACGACAACCAAUUCCUCGCACACAGAACCAAGCGCCGAAACCGCACAGAGCGAUUAAAGCACACUAUCCGCUGCAUCAAGGACCUCACAAUGCCCUCUUUGUUGCCGGCAAAUGUCCUCGUAGCGCCGAAGCAGCGUGGUUUUAACUGGGUCGUCCAGACCUGGCAUGCUCCAAAGGAAUACCACCCCAAGGAUAUACAGUUUGAGCCACCCUGGGAGGUCGGUCUCCGGUUCAUGGCAAUUGAUUUGGAGGAUGAACUUCAGGAUGGGAAUAUCAAAGCGUGGCGGGACUUUCCUGUGUCGACUUUCUUGACGAGGGAUGCGGUGAAGAGCGACAAGACGUUUUUCUGCCGUUCUUUGUGUAAAUACGGUCGUAGAAUCAUCUUUUCCGAAGUCUCUCGCUCGUCAAAGUAUCUCACCGGUCGGUGGCUUGUCGUCGCCUACGUGUGGUGUGAUUCGAAAGACCAGCUUAGCAACUUCGAUUGGAUGAGCCAUAUCUCGGUUGAUACCUUGUACGGAUACGAAGCCCGUGAGAGGAUCGCCGCUGACUCGCCGAAGCCACUCUGGCAUUUAUUCCAUGAAGUCAACCGUACCUCGAGAGGGUUGGAAAGAGACCCUGUUUUGACGGAACAGUGGACCGAUAACACGUACAUUACGUGCUGUCUAAUAGACGAAGCGAUGGAGACUCUGCUUGCACCAAGGUCUUCAGUAACUACUAUAUCUGAGAAGCACGGCUAG